AUGCCAUUCCCACGAAACUUUCGCUUGUUUCGCACCACCAUGUCGGGAGAGAAGAUCUUCGAGGGCUGUUUCGCCGUUCACAAGCCGCAAGGCAUUACCUCCGCCGACGUCCUCCGCGACCUACAGCGCCACUUCAACCCUUCCAAGCUUUUCAAGCCAUGGAUCGAGGCCGAGAAAGAUUUCCGCAAGAAAGAGAGCAGCUACCAGAAAAACCGCCGACGCAACAAGAACAAGAAAGUCGAGGUGAAGAUUGGACAUGGUGGCACACUCGACCCCCUCGCAACGGGUGUGCUGAUCGCCGGCGUCGGAAAGGGCACCAAGUCGCUGAAUAGCUUCCUGACAUGUACCAAGUCCUACGAGACAGUUGUUCUCUUCGGCGCGGAGACAGACACAUAUGACCGCUUGGGCAAGAUCGUGCGCCGGGCGCCAUACGAGCAUAUCACUCGGGAAGCAGUUGAGAAGGCCCUGGAUCAAUUCCGUGGAAAGAUCAUGCAGCGUCCACCUAUCUUUUCGGCACUGCGCAUUGAGGGAAAGAGGCUAUACGAGUAUGCGCGUGAGGGCAAGAUGCCACCCGUCGAGAUCAAGUCUCGGCCUGUUGAGACUGUGGAAUUGAAGAUUGUGGAGUGGUAUGAGCCUGGCACACACGAGUACAAGUGGCCCGAGGAAGAGAUGACUGGAGAUGAGAAAAUCAUCGCGGAGAAGCUCCUCGACAAGGAGGCUGAGGCGCCUGUGGAAAGUGAAGGUGCAGACCAAGAAGCAUCUUCCGCGAAGCGAAAGACGCCGCCUGCAGCAGACUCGCCCAAGGAAGAAGAGGCGGAAGCCGCAAAAAAGCAAAAGCUCUCAGAGGACGGUACCGCCCAAGCGGCCGCACCUGAAGCUGUUGCACCGGAACCCGCUACUGCAGAGGCCCCCUCCGAGCAAACGGACCAGGAUCAGCCUCGUCCCCAGCCCGCGGCAGUCAAAAUCCACAUGACCGUUACCUCGGGCUUCUAUGUUCGCUCUUUGGCACACGACCUGGGCAAGGCCGUCGGUAGCUGUGGUCUCAUGAGUGAGCUUGUUCGAAGUCGCCAGGCUGAAUUCGAUUUGCAGCCGGAGAAUGUCCUAGAAUACAAGGACUUGGAGCAAGGCGAGGAGGUCUGGGGGCCCAAGGUUCAGAAGUUCCUUGAAAACUGGGAGAACAAGAGAGCUGCUGAGGCAGAGGCGGAGAACGCAAAGGUUCAGCAAUAA